GUUCUUUGACCGAUCGCAAUCCAGAAAGCAUCGGGACCAUCUCUGCCGUGUUGCAGAAACAGACAGACAGAGAGAGAGAGCACAGCACAGGUGAGGAGGACGACGGAGGGAGGGGGAUGGUGGUAGUAGAGGAGACGACAGAGGAGAUGCGACCAAGGGAGGAAGGAAGGGGGGCCGUGAUCCAGAGAAUUUGCGUUUCCAGGUGUUGCUUAGUUGCGCUCGAGGAUAGUGAUGUGUGGGUAAGUAUGUAGCUUUCGCUGCGUGUCCAUGCCAUCGCGAAAGCUCUUCGUCGGGUGCUGCACACAUGGCAAUCGUCGCAAUUCGUCAGCGCAACCCUAGUAUGAAAAGUUCGUUGUGAAAGAGUAGGAGCACGAGGAGUUCUUUAGAGAACCUCGCAAGCAGGUUGAGUUUCAUGGCAGCCCCCAUAUCCAUGGACUUAGGGGAAGCAGGAGAGAUAGGGAAAGGUAGCAAGAGCGGAGGGUCGUUGGCAGUGAGUAAAUCUUCCAGCAAGAUAAGGAAAGGUUUGCGACCGACGUUGGCACAACCCAGACUAGCUCCGCAGGUGUACAAGACAGAACCGAGCGACUUCCGCUCUCUGGUACAGCAGUUGACAGGGACCUCCCAACCUGCGAAUCCUCCUCCUUCUGGACCGAAGCCUCCUAUCUCCAGGUUGCAACGGAUCGCCCCGCCACCAUUGCGGCCAACCGGCACUUAUCCUGCUCUUAUCCACCCCCCCGCUCAAAGUCAAGCUCAAGCUUCUUAUCAGCCGCAAACAAACCCCGCUACGACUCAUCAACCCUCGUUUCCUUUCGCUAACUUCUCCCCUCUGUCAAACCAUGGCGCCUCGCCAUUUUCAAUUCCGCCUCCAUUAUCCUUCUCUCCAUUACCCAAGCUGUCACCGAGUGAUCAAGGAUGGGUGAAUGCUCUUAACGGGCUGGAGUCGCCUAGCAGCGCAGUGAUCCGACAACUUGCUGAAAAAAUCGUGGAAGGUAAUGGUCCGUCUUCAAAGCCAGAUACGAGCGCAACUGCGACUUCAUCUCUUCCUCCCAUGUCGCCCACGUUCUCCAAUCUCAGAUUCUCCAAUACCUUCGGCCUCCCUAGCCCCACCGGCUUCCCAAGUCCCAAUGGAUUUGGUUUUGGACUUGGGAACGUUUACGGCUCCAGUAGUUGCUUCACACCUUCGGCCGCGUUGGCUAUGGACGCCACUUUUAGUUUUCCUGAGCCAGACCUCGCCAUGUCCCCCGCCAGUACUCCAUGAUCUCCACCAACCAAUCCAUCUCACGCGUUGUGAAUCAUGUGAAGGCUUUGAAUCGAUCCCUUCGCUUCCCCACGCUCAACCUAACCACCUAAGAAUUACAUUGACCCGAGGAUUAGGUACUCUCCCUACCCUGUUCUCAAUCUAGCUCUCCAGCGAGGGGUUUGGAUCAUCUUUCUUUGGAGAGUUUACAAGCUUUGAACAUGGAUUCUAUCAUGCUGUAGGAUCUCGGCUGCAUCUCGUUGUGACGCUUUUGAUGCUCGGAGGAGAUGGAUUGCUUACUGACUGAUUUGUUGAGCAAUGGAGCUUGAGAUUCUGCUUCUAGGAAGCUGGGAUGUUUGUUUGUAGGGCGAGUUGCAGCAACCGUAGAGAACAAGGUUGUCGGAUAGUGGUAUGUAAAGAAAAACCAGACCAGGUCCCAACGGUGGUGUACAAAAUAUGCACAAUUCUGAGUUUGAUUCUUUGAUUGGCUCUCACCAAUCGCGAUCUCUUUUGAUCCCACAGGAAGAUCCAACUACGUAGACAGUGCGUACAUAUGAGAUUGCUUUGUAGAGACCUCAAACUAAACCAUUCCUAGUGGAGUUUUCAGGCCAAGGGAAUAUAUUUGCUGCUGCCUCAAAUUUCUGAGGAAAUUGUGGCUGCAGAUUAUACUUUACUUGA